AUAAAGUUUUCCAUACUAAUUAAAGAAGUUAAUCAUGUCUUCAGGUAACAAAUUUCGUAUGAGUUUGGGUUUGCCAGUCGGUGCCGUUUUAAACUGUUGUGACAACUCCGGUGCUAGAAACUUGUACAUCUUGGCCGUCAAAGGAUUCGGUGCUAAAUUGAACAGAUUGCCCGCUGCCUCUGCUGGUGAUAUGGUCAUGGCUACCGUCAAGAAGGGUAAGCCAGAAUUAAGAAAGAAGGUUAUGCCAGCUAUUGUUGUCAGACAAUCUAGACCAUGGAGAAGAAAGGAUGGUGUCUACUUGUACUUUGAAGACAAUGCCGGUGUCAUUGUGAACCCUAAGGGAGAAAUGAAGGGUUCUGCCAUUACUGGACCUGUUGCUAAAGAAUGUGCUGACUUGUGGCCACGUAUUGCUUCUAACUCGGGUGUGGUUGUUUAAAUAAUUACCUUUUAUACACAAGAACGAAAUCCGAAUUAUAUAAAUGUACAUUUAGCAUUAAUUUAUAAUCACUUUGAAAUUUAUUUUGUCUAUAGACAAUUUUGUCUCACCUCACUAUAUGCUGAGUUGAGAUAUUUGGUGUUCAAAUGCUUGAGGUUGUUCCUUGAUACUCGCUUCACUCUUAUUAUCCUUCAAAGUAGCAUCCGUUGUAUCAGUGGUCACAUCAGGCUUGGAGAUGUGGCCGUUUUUUUCGUCUUGAUCCAAAUGUUGGCCAUUUUGGUGAGUUUCAUCACCAUUUUGAUGGUGCUGAGGUUCACCAUGUCCAUUGAGAUCAUUUUCGGUGGGAUAAGGUAACUGGCCUCCAAAAGCAUAGUCUCCCUUUAAGGCUUGACCCUGCUGAGCCGGUACUGGCUGCCCUUGGCCCUGGCCCGGCUGGAUGAAGAAAUACCCUUGGUUAGCCUGUGGUGAAGAAGCGAAUUGGGGCUGCGGUGAAGACGGGAAUUGAGGUUGUGGUGAGGCAGGAAAGUACUGAGGCUGAGGUCCCUGGUUGGGUUGCUGAGUAAUGGUAUAAUACUGCUGCUGGAUAGGAUCAUAAAACUGCUGCACUUGUUGACCAUUAGCAUUCAUGUAGUAACCUUGUUGAAAAUUAAUAAAGUUUGGAGGUAAUCCAAUUAUACCAUUUCCUUUGGACUGUUGAAUCUGUUGAGGCUGUUGAGGAGUAGGUUGCUGUAUAUGCGUAGAAGGAAUCUGGUAUUGAAGGCUUCUCGACUGACCCAUGUUUUGGGAGUCAUGGGUGGGAAUAGCUUCAACUGGUUGCGGCUGCGAAAGAAUUGGUUGAAUUUGGUAGAACCCUUCAGUACCUGGUUGUGUAGAAGGAUGGGGUUGCUGCUGUGGUUGCACAUAAGGAGUAGAAGUCAAUGGUGUUUGCGAAUGAGACUGUCUCUCGUUGGUAUCUACUGGGGUCAAAAUUGUUCCAUCACUGUUGAUCAAGUGGUUUAACUUGGGGCUUUUCACUUGGCUGGUAUUGGAAAAGGUUGAGCUUAACUGGUUGUUCUCCGUGUUGGUGGUACCGGUGAUCCUAGUUUUAUUGGAUUCCACCGUCUUUAGGGACUUGGCAUGAGUACCAUUGGUAACGAUACUUGAAGCCCGAGAAACCUUCGAUUGAAUUCUCACCAAGUUUGGAUUAGUGUUAUUCAAAUUCAACCUCUUACUCAAGAACCGGGCCCUAGCAGCCGCGUUGGGCAAACUGACCAAAUUAUUGAUAUCGUUGUACCAUCCAAUCAUAUUUUCGUAGCUAUCAGUUUUGAAUGCCCAGGUCUGACUUCUGUGAAUGAUUCCGUUGGGUUUCGAGCUCAAUAUGAACUUAUAGCUGUUAUCAGACUUGCCAUUGUUCUUAGUGUGAUCAUUGACUUGAAAAUUAUCCAACAGAAUGGAGGUAACUGGAGUCUGAUCUUUUUUUCUAUCGGAGGUCUUAAACUCAUGAAUGAAGUUGCACGUCAACACAUACCAACCUCUGGAGUAACUCUUCAAGAACUUCGACUUUCUCUCCAAGUAGCCUUCACGCACAGACAUGUUCAAUGGCGAGCUGUAGUUGUUUA